CCGCCGCCGAGGCCCGAGGAUGAACGGCUUCUCGCUCGGCGAGCUGUGUUGGCUGUUCUGCUGCCCGCCCUGCCCGAGCCGCAUCGCGGCCAAGCUCGCCUUCCUGCCCCCCGAGGCCACCUACACGGUGCUGGCCGACGACGAGUCGAGCGGCGCGUCCACCCUGCACCUGUCGGAGCGGGCCGACUGGCAGUACUCGCAGCGGGAGCUCGACGCCCUCGAGGUCUUCUUCACCCGCACGGGCCGGGGCAGUCGCCUCUGCUGCAUGUUCGUCCGCUGCGCGCCGGCCUCCAAGUACACGCUGCUCUUCUCUCACGGCAACGCAGUCGACCUGGGCCAGAUGUGCAGCUUCUACAUCGGCCUGGGCUCCCGCAUCAACUGCAACAUCUUCUCUUACGAUUACUCAGGUUACGGGGGCAGCAGUGGGAAACCCUCAGAGAAAAACCUUUACGCUGACAUAGACGCUGCGUGGACAGCGCUCAGGACAAGGUAUGGUGUUUGCCCUGAGAACAUCAUUUUGUAUGGGCAGAGCAUCGGUACUGUUCCCACAGUAGAUCUGGCAUCGCGUUACGAAUGUGCAGCUGUUAUCCUCCAUUCUCCUCUCAUGUCUGGCUUGCGGGUGGCAUUCCCUGAUACAAGGAAAACAUACUGCUUUGAUGCAUUUCCAAGCAUUGACAAGAUAACCAAGGUAGCUUCACCUGUGCUGGUAAUUCAUGGUACUGAAGAUGAGGUGAUUGAUUUUUCCCAUGGUCUUGCAAUGUUUGAGCAAUGCCCAAAAGCAGUGGAGCCCCUCUGGGUAGAGGGAGCAGGGCAUAAUGACAUUGAGCUUUAUGCACAGUAUCUUGAAAGACUGAAGCAAUUCAUAUCUCAUGAACUACCCAGCUCUUGAAGACUCUUGUAUGGAAGUUCCCUAGGCCAAUGUGAACGGAAGGACUGAAGUAUUUGCACAUACUUUAACUGGAUAGCUCAUAGCUUUGUAUCCUAUACAAAGGCUAUUAACUUUCAGGGUUAUUCAAACUGAAACACCGAAUGAAAUCUCAGUCUUUUUAUACCAGGAAAAUUCAUUUAUUCCAUGUACCUUGCACAUGAAUUGUUCAUCUACUGUAAUUCUGCAAAGACAUUUGAUCGUCAUCAAUGCUUUCUUUCCACUUUGUCCCUUGCAUUCCUUAAAAUCAUAGUCUGUACAUCAGGGAUUGUAGUUUACCUGCUAACAUUCUGGAUACAAUUGUAUGUUAAACAGGUUUAACUGUAAUAUCUUUUGUUCAUGGAAUGGGAGUUUUUCCUGAGUAACAUGGUAGAUUGUAUGAUAAUGAUUUCAUAGGUUAAAAAGUCCCAUUGAAGGAUUUGAUUUAUCCAGUUUGGUAAAUGUGAUCUGUAUAUUUAUCAGACUUGUGACAUUUCUGUCCUUGCCUUGCAAAGUACUGUACCUACAAAUAUUUUAAAUUAAUUUGGAAAGAGAAACCGCUGAAGAUUCCAUUUCAUUGCUAACAAAAUAUCAGUGUUCUUCUGAAUCUUCUUAAUGUUUCAACACUAUCUUUUUUCCUUCAUGUUUAAUAUACAAAACCAUAAAACCUCAAGUAAUUUCCUGAUGGUGCGAACCUUGGCAUGUAAGCUGAAUACUUUGUGUAAAUUUAUGAACUAUUUUGAAUAAAGUUUUAAAAUAUAGUAAAUGUGCUCUUUUGGAAUAUGUUAGCAUACUUUCAGUCAUAAUCCCAAUUGAAAUUCAUAUUGGAGAAAAUGGUGUCUUGGUAAAUUGCAGUGUUUGUAAAUGGUAUCUUUCAAAGUUAUAUAAACGUUGUUUGUUUCAAAAGGUAAUGAGAAUACGAUGUAAUAACUGCCUAAUUUGAUGCAUCCUUUUUCUGUGAAGUGAUUGAUUUAUAAUUGUAACUGUAUUUUUACCCUGAAUUCAUCAACCACACGUAACCUUUAAAAUUUGUUAAAAAUGUAAUGUCAUAAAUUUACACAGCUGUAUUUUUACAGUAACCAAUGUAGUUUGCGGGUUUAAUUGGACAUCAGAUGAUAUGAGAAUAUUAAUGUGGUAUGAUUAACACUGGAAUUACAUUGAAGUAUGCAUCAAUAAUGCAAGAGACAAGGAAUAACACUACUAGAUAAAAAUCAAAGCCUUAAAUGUACUGUAAGCCUCAGAUUGCUGUAUAUUUGAUUACAUAUUUCUUUGUGUAUAUGCAACAAAUAGUUGCAAAUGUAAUAAAGGAUGCAUGGAAUUUAAUAGUAUGAAACUUUUGAUUAUUGUUAAGUUCACUGAGACAUUUGUGUAAGAAUUGAGAAAAAAAAUCACACAAUUGGUGUAUGUCAUUUGGUAUGAUUUCCCCCCUCCCCCAAAAACCUGAUUUAAAACUCGAAUUAAACAUUUGAAAU